AUGGCGGACGGUCUGGACCAAGCUCUCGCAAAAAUACGGCCGCAUACAUCUUCAUCUCUCGCGCAUCAGAAAACCCCUGCCACUCUCCUUCAUGCUCUGGAGGCCACUUUCCGCGAACAACACACUCGAGCCUCUCCUACUGCAUUUUAUGCUGCUCUCCUGACGACCCUUGACGGCGUGUUGCAGGCCGCACCCACCACUGGACCACCCCUUGGCGAAGGUGACAUCCUGCCUGCCGUCUUGUACUUGCUCGCCCUAGUUGCGCCUCAUGUUCCAGCUCCAGUGAUUCGAUCGCAUUUGAACACUGUGGUUUCCCUAACUUCCCCUCUCUUUCCUGCACUUUCCCAGCAUGCACCACCAUUGCGAUCGCAGCUGGCUUUGUACUCCACUGUCUUGCAGGCAUUAGAACGUCCGCAGCUCGAGGCGCAAGGCCUACGUCAAUCAUUCGUCUUCAUUCUCCAGCUCACCUUAGAUCCUCGCCCGAAGGUGCGAAAGAAAGCAGCAGAGCUCGUUAAGGACGUCCUAUCUAGUCCUCCACUUCCGUUUUCGAGACAUCCGUAUGCUCAGCGUGUCGCGGAUUGGGCCCAUUCUGCUCUUGGCGAGGUGACUGUCGGAGGAUUGUCUAAGUUCAAAGGCAAGAAGGCAGAAGCGGAAGGCUCAGACAUCGCGAUUCAUCUCCUGGCAUUCUUGCGGCCCGUUUUAUCCACGCUACCGCCCACCUCACUGCCGCCAAUUACAACAGCACUACUUGGUCUGCCCCGUUUGGGAAAUUCGUAUCUCGCGCAGUCCGCGUACUCAAUCCUCGCUGAACUUGUAGCGAUCUCGGUGGAAGAUCCUGCGACCAACAUCCAAGAACAACUGUCAAACGUGCUUCAGGCCGUGCUCUCGUCUUCACCUAUCAGAGGCGACUCUGUUUUUUCUUCCGCGUGGGCCGGUGUUCUCGGAAACACCAUGCUUGCGUACCAUGCAACCGACUCUGACUCGUGCGCAUCUGAGGUGGGCACUGUAUGGAGAGCGUUAUGGCUAUUUCUUGAAACGGAGGACGCUUCCACGAGAAAGGCCGUUGCGCAAGCGUUGGAUUCUGUUGCUCAGUGUUUCACACCUUCCCUCAUAGUGACUGCUCUCCAGGAGAAGGAUCAGUCAGAACACAAGUCCGUCAUUGCUAGGAUCAUCGUGCAGGUAUCUAAGGCGUUUGAAUCGCUCGCUUUCGCGCGCUCUGUGACAGAUUUAUUAUCAGUCGUAUCUUCUUUGAUCAGCCAUUUGAGAUAUCGCAGCGGGUCUCGUGCAUCUCCAACUGCCGCGGAACUGCUUCUCUUGCCUUUAAUUGUGAAGGUAGGUGACCUGCGGAUACAAAAGAACUUCGAACACAAGGAGGCUGCGGAUGUUGUUUUGAGCACUGCUAUGCGUGUUUUGGGUCCAGAGGUCAUGCUUCGCGCCCUUCCACUCAACCUCGAACCCGUGGACAGACAAGGGGGACGCGAGCCACGCGCCUUCUUGCUGCCCUUGUUAGCCCAACCUCAUCCAUCGCCAUUGGGACACUUUUUGUCUUACUUCGUCCCUCUUACUGAACGUAUGUUUGACCUGCAGCAGAAGGCCGAGAUAGAAGGUCGACUAUCAGAGGCAAAGUUGUGGAGUGUCCUGGUCGAACAGAUUUGGAUGGGGCUUCCCGGUUAUUGCUGGGGUACGCCUGAUUUGCAGCAGGCGCUAACACUCGAGUUUUCUCAAUUGUUAUCACAACUACUUUACAAUCAGCCGGAACUUCGCCCAGCGGUCCUCAAAUCUCUGAAGACUUUAGUGGAAUCCAACGUUGCGCUUGCUGCAGGAGACACUGCGAAGCUGCCGCAGUCGAUACGGGCUGACGCGAUUCCGCCGGAGGUUGCACAAAGCAAUGUCAUGUUUCUGCAGUCUCAGGCUGAGAGCUGGCUUGCUGUUCUGUUCAACCUGUUCAGUAGUAUAGGGAGAGACAAUCAGGGCAUGGUGGGCGACGUCGUGAGCGCGUGGGCUUCAAUUGCUGGAGAGCAGGAAAUUGCCAGAGCCUAUCUCAAGCUUGUUGAUCUAUUCAAGCAAAACCUCAACAAGCUUCAGGCGGCCAAGUCAACGACCGGAUCGAGGGACGUGGAGAAUAUCACUGCUGUUACACAGGAUCUUCUGGUUCUCGUGCUUCCACAUCUCUCAUCAGUCGACGCUACUGCAUUAUUCAAUCUCUGUCUAGCAAGUGAUGUCCUAGAAAGUAAGGAUAACGGAGUACAGAAACGAGGUUACAAGAUUCUUUCAAAGCUUGUUGAGAGCAACAAGGCCACUGUUGACGCUGAUGCCGUUAUUCAACGAUUGGAGCAGAACAUUGACGGACUUGCAGCGGCAGCAAAGAAAGAUCGCUUCCACCUCCUUACCCACCUCAUGUCUUUGAUACCCUCAACCCAUUUGCACCUCUUGCUGUCGAUCAUCCCCGAGGCGGUUCUUGGUACAAAGGAGCCGUCGGAAAAGGCAAGAAAUGCCGCCUUUGACUUGAUCGUCGCGAUGGGCAGGAAGAUGGCUGAAGGCGGUGUGGUCAAGCGAAGCAUGGUAGAUGGGAUGGACGCGGAUGAUGGCCCAGAAGCUACUGCUACGAUGGAGGAGUACAUGACCAUGGUUGCUGGAGGACUUGCCGGUGCAACCCCUCACAUGAUUAGCGCGACGGUGACAGCAAUUUCACGAUUAGUCUUUGAAUUCAAAGAUGCCAUUUCUUCGCAGAUGCAAACGGAGAUUUUUACCACCCUGCUUGUCUUCGUGACAUCAGCUAACCGCGAGAUUGUGAAAUCCGUCCUUGGUUUUGUCAAGCUAGCUAUCCAUACGAUGUCCGCGGAGUUGCUGCGUCCCCAUUUGUCGCAGCUGGUGCCUGCCUUGUUGAAGUGGUCUCAUGACCAUAAGAACCACUUCAAGGCAAAGGUACGACAUAUCUUCGAGCGCAUGAUCAGGCGAUUUAGCUGGGAGGACGUUUAUACGUGCGCGGCCGAGGAGGAGGCGCGAAAGGUUUUGCUAAACAUCAAGAAACGAAAGGAUAGAGCAAAGAGGAAGAGGGCACUGGCUGCCGAAAAUGAGGACGAAGACGAAGAGCCUGCACCCAAACCCGCGACUGGCGGUGAUGCCUUUGAAGAUGUACUAUACGGCAGCGAAAGCGAACUCGACGAUAGCGACGAAGAGACACCGGUAGAUAGGACAGGACGUUUACUCAAGUCGAAAGGAAUUGCUUCUGGCGCUCGAUUGCGCAUGGAUGACGAUGAUCCUAUGGACCUUUUACAGGGCGCUGCAACUCGUUUAACUAAUGCAAGCGCCGGCAAGCGACGCAAACCUGGUAAAGACGCGUCGCGUUUCAAGGCUGAUGAAGACACGGGUAAAAUGGUCAUUGACGAUGAUAAUUCCGAGGAUCAGGCCGACGUUGAGACCGCUGACGAUGCAUAUCGGGAGAGUCUGACGUCUACUGAUGGGUUUACUCGAGGGCUUAACGGGCGUGUUAAGUUCAAUAAGGAUACGAAGAAACGGAGACGGGAACAUGAGGAGGCGGAUGAGGAUGUGGAAAUGGCAGAUGGAGAUACGUCCUCUUUUGGCAAGAAAAGUAAGCGGAGGACGGAAAUCAAGCUUGGACAUGAGUUCAAGGCAAAGAAAGCUGGAGGUGAUGUCAAGAAGGGCGGCGUGGAACCCUUCGCAUAUAUGCCGCUGGCGCAGGCGGCCAAAAAGCAUAAUCGCAGCUCGCGAAUGGGCAUCGCGGGCAAGCGAUAA